AGGAAGCAUCUUCCACAAAUCGGCUGAACAGCAAAUCUAUUUUCUUUGAAAGUUGCCAUGUCGGGACCACGCAAACUAGAUGCUGCACCAAACCAACAGCAAGGCUACUCCAACAUUCAGCAAAAUUAUCCGAAAUGCGACAAUAUAGGCCAAACAAUAGAUACAAUUCUGGAAAAUGUGAAAAUUUUAUCGAAUCCUCAAUUGUCUCAUGAAUUUUCGUCCCAGUUUUCUAAAUUGAGAAGCAAUUAUAACUUACUCAAUGAUCAAGUUCAAGAUCUCCGUCGUUACAAACUUAGUGAACAUCAAGAUAAACUUCUUACGAAUAUUGAUGUAACAAUCGGAAAGGCUUUGCAUGUUUGCUCAACAAUCGGGAAUAUUCAACAGACCGAUAACUUCGAAUAUCUAUGGGCAAACCUAGAUGGAUUAAAAUCGGAAUUUGAUAGUUCAGUUGAUCAGUUCGGAAUUCAAACCAAUCGCCCAAAUGAAAGAAGUAGGACAAAUUCAAAUGAAAGACAGUCAACAGCCAACAUUCCGCCGCCUCAGAAUCAGUCAGUAUUGAACAUUAAUCAAUUCAAGCUAACUGUGUGUGAUAUCAACAGUUUAUUCCAACAAAUUACACUCCUUCCGAAGUCUCAAGAAUGGGAAACAAGCUCGACGUUGAAGGAAAUCUUCUAUAAAUUUGAAACAUUGGUUUCAAUCUAUGAUAAUACUCAGUGGCACACUGCCAGUUUGGGGCCUCAGUACUGCACUGUUUUUAAAACAUUUUUAACUGACAUGAACAAUUUUUUAAACAAGCUUGAAAGCAAAAGAAGCGUUCAUGAAAAGUAUACCAAAGUCAAGAAAAAUGAAUUCAAUACAAUCAUUGAAACACUUGACAAAAGCAUUAAAAAACUAAUGCCAACGGAACACGGAUUGCAUCGACCUCCUGAAUAUCAAGUUCCGAGCGCUUCUUCUUCAAAUUCUGGAUAUUUUCCCUCAUUCAGCUUUAAUAGCUUAAAUUUCGUUAGUGGUAUAUAUAAUAAUUGGAGAGAUAAUAGUGGAUCAAACAAAAAAGCUCAAGAGGAUAGUGCCGAGUUAGCCAGAUGGGAGGAAGAAAAUCGGCGAUUUGAAAAACAAAAGAAUGAAGCAAGAGAAAAAAGAAAAAGAGAAGAAGAACAAGAAGAACGCCAGUUUAAGGAAUCUCUGAAACUACUAGAUGAGUCUAGAAGGGAGAAAGAGAGGAAAUUACAGGAACUUCUUUUGCGUCAAAAAGAAGAGGCAGAAGAGGAAGCUUUGAGAAGAUUAGCAAACGAUAGUGAAAUAGAACAAAAACUGGAGAAGAUAAGAUAUGAAAAUGAACAGAAAGCACUUCAGAAUGAUCAUGAGAAUAGCAUACAGUUGCAAUUGCUCAAAGACGGCGGACAAAAAGAACGGCAAGAAAUUGAGGAUCGGAGAAUAAAAGAAAAAAAUGAGCAUGAAAAGAGAAUUAAGGAACAAGACAAUCAGUUCAUUGAGAAUCAACGCCAGCACGAGAUUGAAGAAAAUGAAAGAAAAAUGGAGUUCGAGCGUAAACAAACUGAACACGAAGAAAAACUUCAACAAAUGUACGAACAAUUCGAACGAGAUCGUGAAGAAAUGCAGAGACAACAUCAAGAAAGAGCUGAUAAGAUGAAACAACAAUGGGAACAAAUAAUGAUGAUGAUUAAGCACAAGAUGUGGAAUGAUAUCAUUGAACGUAAUUGGACUAAUCGAUUGAAUGUUCUUAGAUCAGCAAAUAAAAAGGUUGCCGAGUUAUUCAAUAGAUUUUUCACUGAGAUAUCAAUUAUUCAACGAGAGAUUGAAAAAUCGGAGGACAUUUCUAUGGAAAGAAAACGCGUUUCAAUUGUUUUGAAUACACUCACAAAUUCUUUGAAACAAGAAAAAGAACUGAUGACUGAAGAAAUGAAAAAUCUCCAAAUUCAGUAUGACAACACAGGAAAAUCAUUUGUUUGGAAAAUUAAAGAAUCCGUUGAAAUAGUUGCAUAUGAGUGUGGAAUUUUCGAGAAUGUGUUGAGAGAAUAUUCCAAUAAAAUCCAACAGAAAACCUUAACUUCAUUUGAUCAUGAUUCUAUCACAAAAACCAUCAAGUGGCAGUUCGAUAAUCUGUCAAAAUUCUCGAGAAACAUUCCUACACUGGCUGAAUUGAAGCAGAACUAUAGCAGUGAUAUGCAAAAUAAUACGAGCAGUGAUGUGAGAGAAGAAGGCAUUCCAACUCAAUCAGUGAUUAUCGAAGAAGUUGAAUAACAUAUUGAAUGUUUUUUGAAUGUAUACUGAAAUUUUUAUGAAUAAAUUUUUAAGAAUAA